CUCACCUUGGGAUUUGGAGCAAAAACCCAUGGUCUGACUCUACUGGUAAAGUGAAGGAGGAUCGUGAUGGCUUUAAACUCCCUCCUGGGUGGGAGUGGGAGGAUGAGUGGGAUAGGUUUAUUGGUGACUGGGAGGUCAUGACAAGUAUAGACACUGGAGAGUAUCAGACUCAAAGAGGAUCCAGGAAAUACGAAGAAAAGAUUUACGAGUAUCAGUCUAGAAUGCCUUUCUCCAACUGGCCAUCCGAUGAGAAUGAGUCAGAGUGGAAGAACGAAGAAGGUCAUUCGCUAAGUUAUUAUACUGAAGACUCAAGGCAAGUUAGAGACACAUUGGAACUACCUGAUGGCUGGGAGUGGGACUCAGAAUGGAGCAUAGCCCCUCCACACAGAGGGACAGAUAAAGAUGGAUGGGAGUACAAAGGAUUAUUACUGGCAAGUGGAUGGGCUCCUCGUUCAAGGAAGAGCAUUACAAGAAGAAGACUCUGGAAUAGGACUAGAAUUCAAACUGGUGAUGCAUUCAUAAAAACUUCUACUGGUGAUAAAUAUAAAGGAUGGGAGUAUGCUCAUAUCAGUAGCAGUACAUAUCAUCAGGAACACAGUCCAUUGUUUGGAAAAAGAAGACGUCGUUACCUUCGAAAGAUUAAAACAAAAACACAAGCCAAACUAUCUAAUCCACCAAGAUUUAUUUUCCCUGAACAUCAGCAAGUUCAAGUUCCGCCACGUCUUUAUUUUCCAAUGAAAGGUCUGUUUAAGUAUGAGCUACGAGUUUACUUAUAUCAAGCACGUGAUUUGUAUGCUGGAAAUUCUACUGGAUUAUCUGAUCCAUACUGUAUUGUAUCCUUUGAGCAUUACAGCCAAACGACACGCGAGAUCAAUCAAACUCUUACUCCAUUGUGGGACCACACUUGUGUUUUUGAUGAUAUUAAGAUGUUUGGUAGUCCGUCUGAUGUCAAGGGAUCUCCUCCUAAAAUUAUGAUUGAGAUAUUUGAUAAAGAUAACGUGGGUAAGGAUUACCUUGGUUAUGUUGAAUGCUAUCCAAUUGUACGUAUUAAUGAAAACCAGCAACAAAGGAGACAGGUGUCAUUGGAAGAGACAGAAGAAGUCCUUCAUGUUCCCUUUUCCCUUGAAGGAGCUGAGCCAGUUGAUGAGCCAAAGGAUCCAGUUACGUCUCUCUCUUGGUAUCAGGUCACACGGUAUGGUCGCUAUGCUGGACAACUCUUAGCUGCUUUUGAGCUGUUCCUUGUUGAUAGUGUUUGUCCUCCUCCUAUACUUGAAAGAGACUAUGGUGAAACUGAUAAAAAGAAGUGGUGGUACACUGUUCCUCAUGGCAUUAGACCAGAGUAUGAGACCAAGACUAUUAAAAUAUUGUGCUGGGGUGUUCGAAAUCUUAAGAAGUAUAGAUUGGGAUCUGUAACGUCACCUUUUAUUAAGGUCGAGUGUGGAGGUGUGACAAAAAAGACUAAUCACAUUAUUGACACUAGGAGGAAUCCUAACUUUACUGAUGGCCCAAUUAUCAUGGAACUGAAACUACCAGUUAAUCCACUGUAUUGCCCUCCACUCAAUAUUUAUCUUUAUGAUAAAAGAGCAUUUGGACAGAAACCACUGAUAGGAACUUAUUCUGUUCAGAUAACUGAAGACAGUCCUACUGAGACUGAUAGACCCAGUCUCCGGCACAAUCCUUUAGAAACAGCAAAUACACUGAGGCAAAGAAAAACCAAACAAGGACAAGUUGCUAUUGAUAUGGAAACUUUCUUAGAUGAAGACCCAGACUAUAUUAAGGACAGUAGGUUUGACUGGUGGACUAAGUACAGAUUAGCUGUCUUAAAAGCAACAGGUAGUAAACUUCAAGAUUCUGAAAUAGAAUAUGUUAAUGAAAAUCAUGAUCGCUUGAAACUCUUUCAUCAUGAAUUGGAAAAAGAGCCAAGGUUUCAUAAUUUCAGUGACGUUGUCAAGAGUUACCCUCUGUAUCGUGGUAAAGGAUCAAUUGCAUUCGAUGAUCCAUCAGAGAACACUAGAUUUGCUGGUACUUUCAAGGGACACAUUACAGUUAAAAGGGGAAAGCACACAGCAAAUGAGUUUGACCAUAAAUACAUUCCAACAAAGGAUUUAUGUCCUGUUGUAAUUAGAGUUUAUGUUGUUGAAGGAAUAGGACUGCUACCACUGGAUCCUAAUGGCAAAUCUGAUCCAUAUCUUAGACUCAGCAUUGGGAAAUGUGUUAUGGAUGAUGCUGACAACUUUGUUCCUAAUUCAUUAAAUCCAGUUUUUGGAAAGAUGUUUGAGCUAUCAGCCACCCUCCCUCUUGAUCAUACUCUUAAAAUUCAAGUACUUGAUCAUGAUUAUGGUUCAAGGGAUGAUUUCAUCGGCCAAACUGAAAUAGAUAUUGAGAACCGGUUUAUUUCUCGGUACAGAGCUAGUUGUGGCAUACCAGAAACCUUCUCAAAGAAUGGUCCUAAUCACUGGAGGGAUACAGAUUUACCCACUGAUAUAUUAGAUUGGUAUUGUAAAGUUAAUGGCUUGAAAGAGCCAGUAAGAACUGCUAAUGGUCUCAUUUAUAAUUAUGACGAAUACACAAUAAAUCAUACAGAUUUGAAGCCAUAUAUGCGACAGCAUAAAUAUGUUGGAUCACCUAUACAACAAAUAGCGUUAGCAUUGCUUAGAAGAGAAAAUGUAUUAGUUCAUGAACACGUUGAAACUAGAACACUGGAAAACCCUAACCAACCUGGAAUAUCACAAGGUUCACUGCGUAUGUGGGUGGACAUAUUUCCAAAGAGUUACAAUCUUCCUCCUCCUGUUGAUAUAUCACCGCGAAAACCUGAGGACUAUGAGCUAAGAGUCAUAGUUUAUGAUGUAAAGGAUGUCAAGUUGGCUGACUAUAAUCCAGUGACUGAUGAGGAAAUGUCUGAUAUUUAUGUGAAAGGUUGGUUGAGAGGGCAAGAGGAAACACAAAAAACUGAUGUUCACUAUCGUUCGUUUGAUAGAGAAGGAAACUUUAAUUACAGAUUUGUGUUCCCAUUUCAGUAUUUACCAGCUGAGAAGAGAAUCGUUGUCUCAAAGAGAAAAUUUUUCGAUGUUAAUAAAACAGAAAUUCGAGCUCUCCCUUACCUCACCAUUCAAGUUUGGGACAAUGACAAGUUCAAGUUUGAUGACCACCUUGGAACAGUUGAGUUUGAUUUGACAGCUAUACAACAAGGAACUAGAACUUCGUCCUUCUUAGAUCAAAUAAUGAGUAUUGGCUCAAAUAUAUCAUACUCAGAUCAAAAAAGUACUGACUCAUCAAAUACUUCAUCCAAACAAAUCCUGACUACUUCUGCCUCUAAAACAUCAUUGAACCAAGUUCUGAAUACUUCUGACUCUACUGAUAAUCUUUUUGAGAAGAAGAGAAUCAGAAGAUGGUGGCCUCUUGCUGAUGAAGGUAUGAUUGAGUUAGAAUUGCAAAUACUGACAAAAGAAGAAGCUGAAUUGUCACCAGCUGGUAAAGGACGGGAUGAGCCUAACAUGAACCCAUACCUUCCACCUCCUCAGCGACCUGAAACAUCAUUCUUUUGGUUGACAUCUCCUCUAAAGACAUUUAAACACAUAAUAUGGAAGUAUUAUAAAUUUCACAUUAUUAUUGGCAUUUUUGUUGUCCUAGCUGUGGUUGGGGUAAUUGUAUUCAUCUAUUCAGCUCCAGAUUAUUUGGCUCAGUAUCUUCUGGAUCGAUUGCUUCCAUUGUAAAAAUUUUAAUCAUGCAUCAGUUGCUGUUGUGAUAUUUUAUAUUUUAUAUUUUUAUAAUGUGCCCUAUAGUUUAAAUUUUUUUUUGAACUAAACAGAAACAGUUAUUAUUUCAAAUAGCAAUAUUAUACAACAAUACAACUGAUUUUACUUUGAACAAUUCCUCCCAAGUUUGUUUCAAUUUGUUAUACUUUUUUAUUUCUCUUCAUUGCACAAUUCAUUUUGUGUGUACAUUCA